AGUGCUAUAAAACCAUCCAAUUUUACAAACCGACAGAUUAGUACCGCGGUUACUUUUCGGUUGGGCGAAACACGGUUCUUCAGUACUGAUUUGACCGUUUAGUUUUAAGUUAGUGUUACGUUGUUAGAAGCUAGGUGUACAGUAUUGAAAGAAUGAAGGGUACCCUAGUGUACCUGUUGGCAGCUGGGGUGUGUUGCGUCCUGGCAAGCCCUAUAGAUCUGCUGAAACCAGCGACCACCGUAGUUGAAAUUUCCCCACGAGCUGAACUAGAAGAUUACCGUCUCAAUGAUGAUGUGAUGCCGUCCCACUAUGAUAUUACCCUGACGCCAUACUUCGAAGAUGAAGAUUCGCACCAAGCGUUCAGCUUUGACGGAAUCUCUGUGAUGACAUUCCGGGUGACAAAGCCUGAUGUUACCAAUAUUGUACUGCACAUGUGGAAAAUUAACAUCACUUCGUGGUACUUGAAACGGGCAAGCGAUAGCUCGGAUGUGCCACAUGGAGUUGAAACGUACGAUGAGGAAACUCACAAACUCACCAUCCCCGUGAACCAGGCCCUCGCUGAAAACGUUGACUACCAGUUGAUAUUCAACUACGUAGGUAUUUUGGAUGAUGACAUGCAUGGAUUCUAUCGAAGUUACUACAAAGUCAACGGAAAGAAAGUCUGGAUGGCAUCAACCCAGUUCCAGCAGACACAUGCCCGACGUGCAUUUCCGUGUUUCGACGAACCACGAUUCAGAACAACGUUUCAGGUGAAGAUCAACCGCCCAGCGACCUACAAGGCGUUUUCCAACACUCCUAUCAUUUUGCAGACUCCCCUGAGCAAUGGACGUUACCAGGAUGAGUUUGCCAAGACUCCUGCAAUGGCUUCAUACUUGCUGGCAUUUAUUGUUGCAGAUUAUGAAGUCAAUGAAAAAGACGGUAUGGGAAUUUUGGCUCGCCCGGAAGCAUUAAACCAAACCGACUACAGUUUACAAUCUGGAAUUGAUCUCCUGAGGGAAAUUGGAACAUGGAUCGAUUACCCGUAUUCAUCUGUACCGGAGAUGACUCGUAUGUACAUGUCGGCCGUUCCUGACUUUUCAGCCGGUGCCAUGGAGAAUUGGGGACUGUUGACUUACCGUGAGUCAAACAUACUGUACCGAAAGGACGACUCGACAAGUUUGCAACAACAGCGUAUUGCUGCUGUUAUCUCUCACGAAAUUGCUCACCAGUGGUUCGGAGAUUUGGUAACCUGUGAAUGGUGGGAUGUUACAUGGUUGAACGAGGGAUUCGCUCGUUACUUCCAGUUCUUUGGUACAGCAUUGGUCGAGAAAAAUUGGGAUUUAGGCCUUCAGUUCGUUGUUGAACAAUUACAAGGUGUCAUGCAAAUGGAUAGCUUGGAAAGCACUCACCCCAUGACACACAAUGUAUACACGCCUUCCCAAGUCAGUGGAAUUUUCGACAGCAUUUCUUAUAAUAAGGGAGCUGUCACCCUGCGCAUGGUUGAACAUCUUAUUACUACAGAAAAGUUCCAGAAUGCUCUCCGUCAAUACAUUAAGGAACGAGCAUUUAAGUCAACUCGCCCAGAAAAUCUGUUUGAAGCUCUCAACGAGCAUGGCGAUGCUUCCGUUAGGGAUUUCAUGGAACCGUGGACCGUUCAACCAGGAUAUCCCUUGGUCACAGUUAUUGGAAGCAAAGACGGUUAUUCCAUAACUCAACAACGUUUCCUGGUCAAUAACAUGAACCACGACGACAAAACUACAUGGCCACUGCCAAUCACUUUUGCCUCGAAGGAAGCCGACUUUGCCAAUACUAAACCGAUGAUCGUCAAUACCACUACUUACAAGAUCACUGUCACCAAUCCGGAAGAGUUGCUGUACUUCAUUUUGAACAACCAACAAGUGGGAUAUUACCGGGUCAACUACGACGAUGACAAUUGGGCUAAAAUCAGUGAGGCCCUACGCUCCGAAAACUUCGGUGGAAUCCAUGUAUUGAACAGGGCGCAGAUUGUGGACGACUUGUUCAACCUGGCUAGGGCUGGUGUUGUCAAAUAUGACGCCGCUUUGGAGAUUCUAGAUUAUCUGGAAGAUGAAACCGAGUACCCACCGUGGUUGGCUGCUGUCAAUGGCCUUACCACUCUGUCCCGGAGAAUCCACCACGAGGAUGAGGAGAAAUUUGCCAAAUACAUUGUCCAGCUGUUCAGCAAAGCGCACGGUCUAGUCAAGUUUACAGCGCCAACCGAUGAAGAAAGUCGACUGUUUACCUACCUUCGCAUUAAUGUUCUUCAAUGGUCUUGCAACUACGGCAGCAUAACGUGUAAGAAAGCUGCCUUCGACGAAUUCGUUCGCUAUUAUGAAGACCCAGCUAACAAGGUUCAUCCGGAUCUUCGACAAGUAGUAUACUGUGAAGGAAUUCGACAGGGCACAGACGAACAUUUUGACUUCCUGUGGGAACAGUACAUGAGCACCAACAUGGCCACCGAGCAAAUCCUUAUUCUGCAAGGUCUGGGUUGUGCCCAGGAUCGGGAGCAGAUCUUCAAAGUAAUGGAUGCGAUCACUUCUGAUGACAUUCGGCCGCAAGAUAAGAACACUGCCUUCUCGUAUUUGUUGCUGAACCCAUACACCUUGGAUCAUCUGUCCGAGUACUUGAGGACCUAUUACGUUCGAUGGGCUAACGCACAUGGUUCCUACGCAAACGUAGCUUCCGCCUUCAACAAUUUGCUUGCGCGCAUGAAAACCGACGAGCAAAUGUGGAGGAUACGAUCGUUUGCUGAGCGUAACGAGCAAGUGUUUGGUGCUGCUGCCUAUAACUCGAUCCAGUCCGGUGUUACGGAUUACUUCAGCAACCAGAACUUCACCAACAAGCAUCGUGAGGUGAUUGGAGGUUUCUUGGAUAAGGCUCUGGCCAAGAAUAACGGCGCAGGGAAGACUACAGUUGGCAUUCUCACACUAGUUGCUGUCAUCGUGGCUUUACUGCAGUAGUGUGAAGCAAUGAUGAAGAGACAAAGUCAAUGCCCAGUAUUGGGUGCUCAUAAAAGUGUCAUAUAGUUGUAAAUAUACAGAGUAAAAGUUAGUAU